GUUCAUUUUCCGUCUUAGGUUUAGAUCCUAGAAAGCAGAGAAUAAAUACAAACACAUGAAGAGAAAGGACCCAGAGGAGAAAUGCAAUCCAAGCAAAGCAAACAUCAGCUAACGUAUUGAUCCAUAAGAAAAAGCUCACGCUAAGCCAUCCAUCUUGCAAGAAAAAAACAAUGGCAGACACACUCACAAAUCUCACACCUGCUCUUCCUCUCAAAUCUUUUCGCACUCUCUCUUCCCUUCGUGGCGUCCCCAUUUGCUCAACUCAAUUAAGCAACAAUAGCAGCAGCAGCCUCAAGACAACUAGUACCUUCAGCAGGAUCCUUAGCAUCAAUGGGCCAAAAAGAUACAGACCCAUGUCGGCUCGAGCUACGGACUCCUCCUCACCUUCUUCUUCCUUUGGAUCCAGGCUCGAAGACGCCGUCAAGAAGACUGUGGCUGAGAACCCAGUUGUAGUUUACUCCAAAACUUGGUGUUCGUAUUCUUCUGAGGUGAAGUCUUUGUUCAAGAGGCUAAAUGUGGAUCCAUUAGUCGUUGAAUUGGACGCAUUAGGCGCUCAAGGACCCCAGAUACAGAAAGUAUUAGAGAGGCUCACAGGCCAACACACUGUUCCAAAUGUGUUUAUUGGGGGCAAUCAUAUUGGUGGCUGCACAGAUACUGUGAAACUAUACCGGAAAGGUGAACUUGAACCGCUGUUGUCAGAAGCUAAUGCUAAAAAGUCACAGGGUUAGCCUUGCCAUUUGUCCAUGAAGAACCUUGUCAUUUGUCUUUGAAGAACCUUGUCAUUUGUCCAUGAAGAAUUCAAUUCCCAAGCUCAACCCUAGAUUGUUUCUGAAGAUACCCCACACCACAUUUCUGCUUCUUCAUGGCCUUUUUUUGUUUACUUCAUUGACAUAGAUUUAAUUUCAAGUUAUUUAUAUGGAUCUCUUUCGUUGAAUUGUAUAUUGAAUUCACAAAAGUCGUUACAUAAAUGCACUGUGAGCCUUGUUUA